AUGUCUUUCGAUAUGGAAUGGUCUCCAGAUUUCUGCCUUGCCUGUGAUAGGCAAACCGAUGGGAGUGUUUACUGCUCCGAAGCUUGCCGUCUCGCAGAGUACGAAAAAGCUUCCUCAAGUGACAACUCUCUCCCUUCAUCACCAUCCUCAUUUGGGGCAUCCUGGCCUUCCAAGCCCACAGGUUUCUACAUGGAGCCCGCAUACAAUUUCAGCCAAGCACAACCAUACGGAACCACCCCUUCAUCUCGCACCGCAUACUCCCAGCAACCAUCGAGAUCGUCUCCCGCCGCGAAGUCUUCCUUAACACCUUCGAGCUCCCAAUCCAGUCUUUUCUCAAUGCAAAGCACCAGUUCUACCUCCUCCGAGCCCGCACAAUUAUCCGCGGAAUCCAAGAAUGCAUUAAGGGCAUAUGCUAGCUCAUUCGAUCAAUCACGAAAUUCCAGAAGACAAUCCGGCAGUUAA